AUGCAUCGAAGCCGUACCAGCUCGCAGGAACGCGAUAGCCUUCCACCACGGGGUGACGAAGGGGGCAUAUCAACAUCAAUGGAUGGGGAGAAAUCUUUGUCGCCCACAGAUCAGCCCGACGCGCCUCCGGAUGGGGGAUUAACCGCGUGGUUGGUUGUGGUAGGUGCGUGGUGCACGUCUUUCUGUAGCUUUGGAUGGGUCAACAGUGUCGGCAUAUUUCAGAACUACUAUGAGUCUCACCUGCUGAAGCAGUUCUCUUCCAGUACCAUCUCCUGGAUUCCUUCCCUGCAAAUCUUCUUUAUGUUUGCCAUGGGCCCCAUUGUUGGGAAGCUGUACGACACAUUUGGCGCUCGAUACUUGAUUAUCGGAGGGACAUUUUUCCAUGUCUUCGGUCUGAUGAUGGCGUCAAUCUCAAAAGAAUACUACCAAAUCUUGCUUUCCCAAGGCAUCUGCAGCGCCAUCGGGGCGGCCGCUAUAUUUCAACCAGCCCUAAGCGCUGUCAGUGCCUGGUUUAAUCGCAAACGCGGCAUCGCCUUUGCUACUCUAUCGACGGGCUCCAGCGUCGGUGGGGUGAUCUUCCCCAUCAUGGUCGACCGCCUCAUAGCGAAAGUUGGCUUUGGCUGGAGCAUGCGAAUUUCCGCCUUCAUGAUCUUACUCCUGCUCGGGAUCGCCAUUGUCACGGUGAAGGCACGGCGUCCCCCACAGCAAGGCCCAAAGCCCUCCAAUGUGCAGUUGCUUCAGCCAUUCAAGGAGCCCGUGUUCAUCAUUACCCUCCUGGGAUACAUGCUUCUUACCUAUGGGGUCUUUAUCCCAAUCAACUAUGUGAUCGUCCAGGCGGUCGCAAGCGGUAUGAGCGCAGACCUCGCGUCAUACUUGGUUCCCAUGUUGAAUGCGGCCAGCCUCUUUGGCCGUCUCGGAGCAGGAUUCAUGUCCGAUCGGUACGGUAGAUACAAUAUCUUUAUCGUCAUGUGUAUCGUUGCGGGUGUGCUCGUACUUGCUCUUUGGAUCCCCGCGGCCUCUAAUGCGCCCAUCAUCGUGUUUGCGACUCUCUUUGGCUUUGCAUCUGGAGCGUAUGUCAGUCUUUCGCCCGCGCUGAUCGCCCAGAUCUCACCUUUGAAAGAGGUUGGGUAUCGCACUGGUCUGCUCUUCCUGUUUGCAUCUGUGGGUGGGCUGACGACCAGUCCGAUUGCGGGAGCAAUUCUGCAACACGCCGGUGGAGACUAUACUAAUAUGAAGAUCUUCUCGGGUGUGAUGCUCUUAGCAGGAACGGCAUUCAUCGUCGGCGCGAGGUUGGUUGGGACAGGUCUGAAAUUGAUGGUGAAAUAUUAG